UUCCCUCUCAAAACCGCUCUGCUCCAAAACCUCCAUGAAAUCCGUUGCAUGUAACAGUGACUAUUAAAAGCAAAGAAAGAGAAGAAAAUGAUAAUGAUGUGAUGGAGAUAGUUUAGUCACUUUCACAGCAGCUUUCCUCUCCUUUUCUGGCUAUCUGUUUUUAUGGCUCUCACUAUCUAACCUCUUCAUGUGUUUUUGAGCUUUUCCUCCUCCUCAAGUCUUCCCUCUUCCUUUUCCUCCCCCAAAACAUGGGUGAGGAUGAUGGCAGAUUUCCUAACCUUUUCGACGAAUCUGAGUUCGGAGACCCAAACCAGCUCACCAGAGCUGCCUCCCCUGUUGAUCUCUUCACCAUCUUAGAGACCCUUGAGAAUGCCUCAGACUUUGAUUCUCUUACUUCCCUUGAUGAAACUACUGUUCUCCUCAGCCCCAAAGAAGCCGGAGAACAGGCAGAAGCAUCCCAUGCUCACAAGAGGCAAAAGCUAUCAAGGCUGGUGAUAGAGAAAGCAGUAACCAACAGCCUACACCCCAUGAAUGGUGGAUCCCAUAUGGAGACUAUCCCUAUGUGGGAAGAGAAUCCGGACUCCAACCCAAAUGGGCAACAAAGAAUGUUCCACAUAACGGUGGAGAGGAACCGAAGAAAGCAAAUGAACAAGAACCUCUUGCUCUUACGCUCCCUUGUGCCUUCCUUCUACCUCAAACGAGUAGAUCAAGCAUCAAUAAUAGGAGGAGUGGUGGAUUACAUCGAUGAGUUGCAGCAAAUUCUACAGUCACUGGAAGCAAAGAAGCAAAGGAAAGUUUAUAGUGAAGUUCUAAGCCCAAGGCUUGUUUCAGUUGGUCCAAGACCCUCACCACUGAGUCCACGAAAGCCAUCACCUUCACCUCUAAGUCCUAGAUUGAGCUUACCCAUAAGCCCAAGGACCCCUCAACCUGGCAGCCCUUACUUACCCAAAUCCUCUCCUUCCUCCUCUCUUGAUAAUAUGAAUGAGUUAGCCGCAAACUCGAAAUCCACCAUUGCAGAAGUGGAGGUGAAGUUUUCAGGGCCUAAUGUUCUGUUAAAGACUAUAUCCCCUAGGAUUCCUGGCCAGGCUGUGAAGAUAGUGGCUGCAUUGGAAGGCCUUGCCCUUGAGAUUCUCCAUGUAAGCAUCAACACAGUGGAUGACACCAUGCUCAACUCCUUCACCAUUAAGAUUGGAAUUGAAUGUGAACUUAGUGCUGAAGAACUGGCAAAUGAAAUUCAGCAAACCUUCUGCUAGCUCUUAUAAAGACUGGGUUUAGUCCACUAACCCUUAACUCAUCUUUCUCUUUGCCUGAGUUCCUUCUAUGAUUUCAAGAGAAGUGGCAUCACCAUAUACUGUGUAGAAGCAAAUGUAACUUGACAGACCAUGACUAUGUUGGGUCUUUUCUUCUUCCCAUCUCCAUUGUUACCCCAAUUUUAUAUGAUUGCUUUUACACAA